AUGGCGGCGCAGGCCGGCCGCCAGCCGCUGCUGGUGGUGCGCUCGGAGCGUGCCCUGCCCGGCCGGUCGCCGUACGUGGAGGUGACGCGCGCCAGACUGCAUGCGUCACAGGACAGCAGAUCAGACGGAGCGCGGCCUCGACCGCCGACCGGUCUGACUCGGCGAGCCCGGCUGGGCGACGAGUACCGCAACACGUCCGUGGUGUUGCCGGGCCGGCCGCUGAGCUCCGCCGCCUCCUCCUCCUCCGAGGGGAGCUCCGAGGAGAGCUCCCCGGGCGGGCGCGGCGCCCGCCACCCGCCGCCGUCGCCGCCGCCGCCCAUCGCCAACGGCACCCCGGCGGCCACCGUCGACAGCAUCGGCAACUGCAACGUCGUCAACGAGGUGGGCCAGAGCCGACGGCUGGAGAAGCAGCGGGCGCGCCGCCUGCCGCCUGGCGGCGAGACGGGCGACUGCUCGCCUCCGCCGUGCAUGCUCCCCAAGGAUGAAGCGUAUUACAGCCAGUUUCCAGUCAUGAAGGAGCCGCCGCGACGCCGCGACAUCGUCGCAUUUAAGUGCUGGGAUAUGGAUGAGCAGUACAGUCCGUACAUCAGCGGCUACCAGGAGGCCACCGUCAUGGAGGUGUCGGACGGCGGUCAGCUGACGCUACAGCUCCUCGACUACCAGCCUCGCGGGCGGCGGCAGGGCCGCUUCGAGAUCACCUCCGCCGACGACGACGAGAUAGUCGACCUGGAGGAGGAAGCGGGCAUAGUGGAGAAGGCAUGGUCCGAGCUGUUCCAGCCCCGCCUGCUGCACCCGUGACCUGCCGGCUGCGUCGCGUCGGGGGCGGCGGAUGCGGUCAGGUCCGUGUCGGUGCCGUGGUUCGCCCCGGCAGCUGCCGGCCGGUCUGUGGUUAGUCGGCGAGCGUGCCCCGCGUCCCCUGCGGACGCCGCCGGCGUGGUGUCCCACCGGCGGCUCGGUUCAGAGCGGGCUCACCGCUGGCACCCCUGCGCGGCCGGCGAGGGUCGGACGCGGAAGUCACAACGUCAGACUUAUUGUGCGGCGUCCGGUGGCGGGGACGGCGGCGGCGUGAAGGCUGUGUCUCAGGGCGGCUGUCGUGAGGACGAGCCGGAGUGGCGUUACCCAGCGGCGGAUGCUCUGAAAAUACAGACAACUGCA